CGGGAAAAAAGUGAAAAAAAAAAAGAUUCGCAUUUUUAGGUUGGCAAUUGAAGAACAACUCUCCUCCAUUUCUAUCCCUUUGCAAGAAGCCACGCUUUCCUUCUCCCUUUUGUUCUCUGAUUAAUUACAAUUGUCCCAGCAGACAUUUAACAUCACAAUUAUUCCAAAUAAUAGAUAAAUUUCCAAUUCAUUAGCUCACAUCGUUAGAAUUCGAGAGAACCAGAAAGGAUUUUAGCUUUUUGUUAUAUAUGAUUAAUGGCUGCGAGUGCGAAUCCGACGGGGAAUCAUCAGGAAGGUUCGUCGAACCAGAACGUAACGCCUUCUCCUCCUCCAACUGCCAAUGGUGUUGCCGUCAAUUCGAACAAUAGUGGGGGCAAUACAUCGACCGCCGCCGCCGCCGUCUCGGCUGACACGCAGUCCGCGUUGAGGCACAACCCUGGCAUCUCCCUCGACUGGACUCCUGAAGAACAAACGAUGCUCGAAGAUUUGCUCGUCAAGUAUACCUCCGAUUCAACCAUAGUUCGCUAUGCUAAGAUCGCAAUGCAGUUGAAAGACAAAACAGUUCGGGAGGUGGCACUGCGUUGUAGAUGGAUGACUAAAAAGGAAAAUGGCAAACGAAGGAAGGAGGAUCAUUCAGCAAGGAAAAAUAAAGACCGAAGGGAGAAGGGUACGGACACUUCGGCGAAGCCUACACCUCAUUUAACAACUAGACCUAAUGGUCCUUCAUAUGCUCUACCAAUGAUCCCUAUGGACAACGAUGAUGGCAUCCUAUGUGAAGCCAUUGGUGGUGUGACGGGAGAACUGUUUGAACAAAACGCUCAAAUGUUUAAUCAGAUUUCUGCAAAUUUUGCAGCUUUCCAGGUACAUGAUAAUAUAAAUCUCUUAUGCAAAGCCCGGGACAAUAUCCUCACAAUCAUGAAUGAUUUGAAUGAUCUGCCAGAGGUAAUGAAACAGAUGCCUCCGCUUCCGGUUAAGGUGAAUGAAGAACUAGCCAACAACAUCCUCGGUCAUGCAUCGCAUCAGAUGAAAUCAUGAUUCGGGGCUCUUACUGAUUUCUGACCAUUUGUCUCAGGGCUCGGAAUACUCAAGUAAAAUCCGAAAGACAAGGUAAAAAAGAAAGAAAAAAGAAAAGAAUAAUCUGGCCCCCUUAUCAUUUUAUCAAAAUUAAAAUGGUUUUCCAUGUGUGUUAUUUCUGAUAGAUUAGAAUGCAAAAGUUCCAUUUUUCACCCCAUGAUUUAUAACUUUGCUUCAACUUUUGAUUAAUUUUAGGAACUAUUGUUAGUCAGCGUAGCUUGUGAAUAUAUAUGUAGGUGUGUAGAACGAAAUCCCUUUCUGUACUAUCAUCAUUGCUUAUAUUAGUCACUCACCCAGGCUUAGAGUUGAGUGCCGGACACCUGUUAUGUGUCGACGCAGGUAAACUCAAUUCUUUAUUAAGAAUUUUUUUUCAUACAUUUAAAAGAUUUGUGUUUCGCAUGCAUAUCCGAACAUACAUCCAAUGUACCAAAUACACAAUACGUUAAACCUUGUAAACCUUGUGUAGCUGGAAAGUUUGGAAUGGUUGAUAUCACAGAAAUGUUUAGAGGAAUUACCAAAAUGUAACAUUCCUUCCCUACCAAGUAUUCUCAAGUUUCGAUGUAAUAAAAAUUUGAAUACAAGACUGGCAUGAAUUGCUAUGUUAAUUUUUAUUUA